AUGUUUCAAAAACCAGGGAAAGCGAUGAAAACGGAUUUCUACGAGGCCGAAAUACUGAAGUCCCUCGACGGACAUUUUCCCAAAUCGAUAGCCCACAUAGACGAGCCUUUAAACGUGGACAACAUGUUGACCGAAGAAGCAUCGUCGGAUUCGAAUGCAGAGAAGAUGUUCACAGCGGAAAACAUUCCAGAAAUUGUGAAACUAUUCAAAGAGGCCGACACUGAUGAAAGUGGAGGCCUGGACAUGGAUGAAUUUUAUGAGAUGAUGGCGCAGAUAAACACAGAUAUCACAAAAGAGGAGGUUCGUGUCUUACACAUGAAAAUUGACACAAACUGCGAUCGAACCGUAGAUCUAGGAGAACUUUUGCACUAUCUCCUUCAGAGAAAUGAACAAGCAGAGACUUUGGACUACAAGAACAUACUUUUCCCAUAUGAUUUUACGUACACACAGACUGACUGUCUGAAACCAAUUGUGAAAAUGAUUUGCCGACCCGCCAAUCUGAGAGCCGCACAGGAUUUCAGGGACUACUGCUUAAUGGAACCAAUCAGGUCUUACAAAAGCUAUAAUUACAUUACGGUCACAACAAAUGGCACGCUGAAAUACUGGUCAAAUGACUUAAAGAUAUCAAAAUGUAUUCCCCUUCAAGAAAGAGAGACGACAACACCUGCUUAUCACCAUACUCCCAAAAUGCAUGUUUUCGAUGUGUUGUACAUCAGCGAUCUCAAAAUGCUAGCUGUCUCAACGUCUGACCGAGAGAUCUUAUUCUAUAAUUGUGAGCACUUUUCUGAUUUAACGAGAAUCAAAUUCUGCAUCUUGGAGGAAGAGUUUACAGCCAUGGACUACUAUUGUAAUGGGAACAAGGGUAUUUUUGCGUGUGGCGACUCAAGAGGAUUUUUGUUUGUGUACGUCUCCUAUUACAUCCACGAUAAUGGCCUUUUCAACAAGAAGAAGUUACAAAGAAGCUGUUUGCGACACUACCCAACUGUGACUGUCUCAUCCCUGCUAAGCACAACCUGUGAAAACUUUGACAGUCUGAAGAUUUUUAUUUUUGAUGACAUUUGCACUCAAGUGCAAUACAUUCCAUCUUUACAGUCUUUUACCGUGUGCGGUGCUACAUCCAAAUUCAUGGCCGUCAUAGAAUGCAUGUUUGACCAAGAGAGAAGUGAGCCUGCUGUCAACGCACAGAUCUAUAGAAGCCCUGGGAACUACAGAUUCUACAAGUCUGUUGCGUAUUCUCCUUGGUCCAGGUAUUUCCUGACCGGUGGAAUGUCUGGGGUUCUACGGGUGUGGUUUCCUCACAAAACCAAGUCUUAUGAACGUGAAUUAAUUGGACAUAAAGAAACAGUCACCCAUGUUGUGUACAAUUCCAUAGAGAAAAUGUUUGUCUCCAUAUCGGUAGACAAACAGAUAUGUUUUUGGACUGAUGGAGACUGGAACCUCAAGCAGCGUAUUUUUCCCAGUGGCUUGACACCAACAGCCCCAAUCACCAGUGUAUGCUACAACAUACACAACAAUGAGUUUUAUGUUGCUAACUCAGUUAUUGGAAAAUGUUUUGGAAGGGGAACCAAUGUUUUCCAUGAGACCUUGAAAUCACACUACAUGCCUUUGUGCAGUAUGCUCUAUCACGGGAUUUACAAGCAAGUUAUCUCUGUUUGCCAGAAAGGCAUUGUGACAGUGUGGGAUAUCUUGACCGGAAAGGCUGUUAUGGAGUUUGACAUUACACCAAGCAAACAGAAGAUUGCUGGAAACACAUUUAUGUCAUUCGAUGAAGUCAACCGCAAACUGAUCACAAUUUCUUGUGACAGGUUAAUAAAACAUUGGAACUUUAACAAUGGAGAACAGCUGGAAAUUCUAGAAACAACCUUACCGAAUGAUGUGACCAGCAUUGUCCUCAUGAACGAUGACAUGUACAUUUCCACAAAGAAUUCCUCAAAAAUCUUACAGUUGGAUUCUAAUGGAAAGUUAAGGAAUGAGUUCGAGCAUUUUCUAUUGAGCAAUAUUUCCUCGAUGGAUUACCAUGACGACAAAUUGAUAGCAGCCUCCAGCAAUGGCAAUGUUCUCACUUGGGAUUUAGAAACUUUAACCGUUUUGUACUAUAUCAACACAACAAACAACCCUAAAAUACAAAGUGUUGAACUGUACCUCCGCCAGCUAACGCUUCGACAUGAUUUGUUGAUCGAGUCUACGUUGAAGCAAAGUGAAGAAAAAAGAGUUCUAUUAGUAAAAUCUCUGAAGAGCAGAGAGGUUACUGCUACAACAGGCACAUUGCUGACAAUAGGAGAUCUUUACAUUACGGCAUGGUCAACGACAAUUAACGGAGGACUGAUAAGUAGGUUCAAGGCAGUCAUACAAGAUGGUGCUAAGAUUACUUGUGUGUCACUUUCUGAAAGUGAAACCAUUUUACUGACAGGCGAUAGCUAUGGAGUAGUUUGUUUGUAUGAUAUUGAGGAUUUUGGUCUUCAAACAAAAGAUAAUAUGGAAUAUGAGACAAUCAGUGGAUGGCUAUUCCCUUCACAACCAACUCCACUGAUAGCCACUUGGAAAGCCGGUACUUCUGAGUUGAUAAGUGUUGCAUGUGACCCUACUUGCGAGAAAAUAAUUACAGCAGAGGUGGAUUACAAUGUGAAACUCUGGUCAAAUACUGGUACCUUUGUUGGCAUCUUUGGAAAGGAUCGAUGGGUGAACAUGGUUCCAAAACAAGUUCCGGCCGUAGAAGACAUAGAAAUGGUUGGACCAGAGAGGCCACCGUAA